AUGACCAUCUCCAAACGCAAGGCCGAGAAACCUCCCCCAUUCGGCGUUAGGGCUCUACAUGGUAGAGUAGUGACUACCAAAAGAUCAACAAAAGUCAAAUUCUUCCCAGCCCGUAGGACGCCAUCUCCCCAAAAGAUCUCGUCUCAUAACACCCCUCGAAAGUCCACACCCCGGAGGAGGAAUGUAGACGACUUCAAUGACGAGGCAAUAGAGUUCCAGCUCAGUGACACGGAAAUAGAGGCGUCACGUCUAACAAAUUGGUCGAAGAGUUCGAACGACUACAUGGCCGAGUGGUUGCCCAAGCAAUGGGCGUAUCUUAAUGAGCUACUCGCUCGGGAAUUCCCUGCUACGGACCUGGAGUGCUCUAUGUGCUCUGUGAGCGAUGCUCCCAGUUGGUGGAGGUGUGAGGGCUGCACAGGGUCCCCGAUCUAUUGCGGUAAUUGUUGCAGGAUCGCUCACGACCGAACACCCUUCCACCGCGUCGCCAAAAAAGAAGGGCCUUUCUUCUCUCCUUCCUGGCUCUGGAACUGUGGGGUAUCCGUCAAUUUGUGCCCAACCAGGACAUGCGAACCCAACGACAUGAUCACCUACGAUGAUCCCGACACUGGGGAGGCGGCUUCUUCUGAAUGGACCGAAUACGACGACUUCACCUUUGGCGCCAAGCCAGAGAAACGCACUGUUCAUGGCAUGAGGGUGCUCGUAGUAGUACACACGAACGGUGUCCAUCACCUACCGUUCCACUUCUGCCACUGUCUGGACGCCGUUGACCAUGAAUAUCAACUUUUACGACAUGGUUUUUAUCCAUCGACAGCCAAGGAGACUCGAACUGUAUUCACCUUCGAGCUCCUUGACGAGUACCUGUUGGAUUCUCUCGAAACGUUUACAUCCACCCAUCAUUUCUAUUCCAAACUUCGAAGACUCACUAAUGAACCUUUUCCCCAUGUUGUUCCGGAUAGAACUCGUGAACUUAGGCGCGCAGGGCGCCAAUGGCGUCACCUCAAAGAUCUCAAACGACAUGGCUUUGCCCACACGAAGGAGACGCCAGGGGAAGGGUCACUUGCCUUCUUUUGUGCGGCGUGUCCCCAGCCCGGGAUAAACAUUCCUGACGACUGGGAGAAGGACCCGGAGGCGUGGAAGUAUAGUCGCAGUUUCGUGGCCGAUGGAAACUUUACCUGUGUCCAUCGCAAAGGUCGGAACGACGCCAACGAAGACAGCCUUGUGUAUCUCAGAAAUGGGGAAGGGUUCGUGGCUGAAAAGGAUGCCUACGCAGAGCACAUCAGAGUCUCUGUGGAGGUUAAAGAGGCGCCCACAUGCCAUGAGCACCGUGCUGUAGCAGACAAGUCAAAAACGCAUAAGGGCUGCGAUGUAACAGGCAUAGGGGCGUUGGCGUGUAUGCGGCACGGCGCCUUUGCUCCUGGGAGUGUGGUUGAUUUCCAGAAAGGCGAGAGGCAGAUGAAUAUGGACUGGGCCUUGUGCCAGGGCAUUCGGUUGUCCAACACCGAUGGCAUAAAGCGAGUAAUCCUCGCCUAUGACAUCAAUUGUCAAUACAACAAACGCCUCCGACAGAGAAUCGAGGAAGGCAAGUACCUCAAGUUGCGAGCAGAUCUCGUCUUGGUCUUCGGAAUCGGUCUCUUCCAUGUCCAUGGCCACCAGGACGCGUGCAACGCGCGAUACUCUUUGACGUAUAUUGAAGGCGCGGGUAUAUCUUCAGGGGAGAUCCUCGAAUCUCUCUGGGCAGUGGUCAAUGAAGUGGCCAGAGCCACCUCAACAAUGACUCUUGCUCAUAGAGUCGAGAUUCUCGAUGCAAUCUUCGGCGACAGCAACUGGAAAAAAAUGCUCAAUCUUGUUCCUUCGAUCUGCAAAAAUUGGUCCAACGCAAAACUACAAUACACUCGAGCACAGGAGGACUUCGACCUGCUCGAUGAAACCGCGACGGCUUUACAACGACGGCGAUGGACUCAACAGUUGGAGCAGGCGAAUCAAAAGAGAGAGGAAGGAGUCAUUGGGGCGAUGGACGUUCUGAACGCGAAGAUCAAGAAGCCGCCUACCUUCAGCAAAGUACAGAGUACGUUAAUGGAGAAGGAACAACGUUCGAACAAGGGAGUUGGAAUUACCUCUUGGCUUGCGUUAGGGAUCGCAAUUCAACAGAGACAGAUACAGCUCAAGGAAUACAUCAAGUCUCUGCCGAAAGAGAAAACCGACUCCCAACAGCUCGAAGUCACCAAACGCCGGGAACAACUUCACGCCGACAUAGGCACCUUCUACAUGACAGCUGCAUCGUUGUUCCCCGGUGCUGACCUGGACUCUCUGAAGUAUGACGGGCCACCCGUUGAAGCUGUCGAGAUAGAGGCUCCAGUAGGCGGUGAGGACGACGAAGACAUCGUGAUGGAUGAUGUGGCGGAUGAUAAUCCGUUCUCGCUUUCACAGAACGAGAUAGAAGAAGUCAAAGUUCCUCUACCAUCCUCGUUCGAUGCCAAUGACUCCGGGAUUGCACCCUCGUUACUCGGUAGAGCAAGGAAGAGGGAGCUGGAGCUUCGCAUCGCGCAAGCUGAGGACGCAUUGGAGAGUAUUCGCACCCACAUCGCCCACAAAUCGUUCCUUUAUCGUUCGAACGUCCGCCUUGCCGAAGGGAAGAAACAGAAGACUCGAGGAUACGCUGCCGUGAAGGCCGUGGACAAGCAUUUACGCCACGAGAUAAAGGUUUACAACCAGGCGAGAUGGGCUUUGCGCAGGUUAGGAGCUGACGAGAACACUCGCCUUCGGUAUCGUCCAAUCGUUCGGGAUGAUACCAGAGCAGUAACGGCAAUUUACAAGCCCAACGCAAGGGGUGAGAGGAAUAAAGCACUGCCGUGGAUAUGGAACAUGAACGUGGCGGGAGACUCGAGCAAUUCGGAGUACCUGGAAGAGAUCUACCGCGUGAACUGGCUGCGGGCGAAGUCAAGAGUAGAGAGGUGGAGGGAGGAGUUUAUUCUCCUCAGCUCAGAGAUGGAAUGGGUGGUGAAUUUCUUUCUCUACAAAGAGGAGGAAUGUCAUGGGUGGGCAUCGGUUACGAAGAAUUCGCCAGGUCAUUAUGCCUACGCGAAGCGCCAGGCAGAUAUGUGGAGGCUGAUGGCUGUACACGCACGCGAGGCGUUCGAAAAAACCAAGAAACCAAUUCCUGGUUUGUUUGAGAGUAGCGUUGUGGUUAAUUAG